AUGGCGCCAGCAGCAAUCACAGCCGAACACACCCUCCCCGACCUGAUCCCCGAGUCAGCGCAAACCCAAGCCAAAGGCCCUAGCAUCCCAGACCUCUUCUCCCUCUCAAACCAAACGAUAGCCAUAACUGGCGCCGGCAGGGGAUUGGGCAUAACCCUCGCAUCCGCAUCCCUAGAAGCAGGCGCUCACGUCGUCUGCCUCGACAUCCUCCCCUCGCCUUCACCAACCGAGUGGCAAGAACUCCAAAUCAUCGCCAAGAAGAAUGGAGUGACAGUUUCCUACGACAUCUGCAACAUCACGUCGGAAUCCGACGUCAUUGCAAAAUUCGAAAAGAUCGCUUCGUCCGCUCCAGCAGACGCUCCAUUCUCAGGCUUGAUCGCUUGCGCUGGAAUCCAACAGCGCACUCCGGCGCUAGACUACCCUAUUGACGACUUCAACCGCAUGUUCAACGUCAAUGUAACCGGCACUUUCAUAACAGCAAAGCACGCUGCCAGGCACUUCAUUGCCAAUAAAAUCCGCGGAAGCAUCGUUCUCAUCGCCUCUAUGAGUGGCCAAAUCGCCAACCGCGGGUUGCUCUGCACCGCAUACAACUCCAGCAAAGCAGCAGUGCAUCAAAUGUGCCGCUCUAUGGCGCAAGAAAUUGGUCCGGAGCAUGGAAUCCGGAUCAAUACGAUUUCGCCGGGUUAUAUCAGAACGGCCAUGACGGACGCUUUGUUGGAGCAGGAGCCAGAACUGGAGAGGAAGUGGAUGGACGGGGCGCUAUUGGAAAGACUGGGUGCUCCAGAGGAUUUCAAGGCCCCGGCGGUCUUUCUGCUAGCUAAGGGGAGCGCAUGGAUGACGGGGGCGGACCUGAGGGUUGAUGGAGGUAAUUGUGCGGCGGCCUAG